AUGGCAGUUGGGGACGAGCGGGUCCCCCAGGGCUCUGUCCUGGGAUGGAUCCCGUUCAAUCUUUUCAUCAAUGCCAGGGAAGGAGGGCUGACCAGUCCGCUGAUCAGAUUCGCAGAUGAUGCUGAAAUGGGGGCAGUGGCCAGACUCCGCAUCUUGCACGGAGCAAGCCAAGGUGAGCAGCACAUAUAUCGAAGUGUGCAAACGGCAGCAUUAGAAUGUAAACAACCAGCUGCUAAUGUCAGUGCCUUGGAAUUGUCCAGGGGAGCCUUAACCAGAAAGCUCCCGUGUUCCACCUUCCAUUCUGGUGAGGCCAGAAAAGGCUCCAGGGAAUUAUUAGAUGGUGCUGUUGCUGCCUGUCAGGGCUGGGCAAUUGGCCGUGCCUGUUUUGCACAGGAGCAUGCAAAACGUAAAUCGAAGGGGUGGGAGGAACAGAAUUGUGGGCUCAGCCUUCUGCGUGUUGGCGUGCCCAGCCCGCCUGCGAGCGGCAACCGUGUGCUGUCUGGAGGGAGCGCUCCCCGCGCACCCCUAGCAAGGCGGCGUGUCUGGGCUCUGCCCGUGCGGACCCGGGAGCAGCCGCCCUUUGAGCCCGCCAGCCCCACCCCGGAGGAGGCGUCCGGGUCCCUCCUGUGGCCAGCACCUGCUUCUGCUCCCAUCUCCCCAGGUCCUCGUGCUCCUGGCCUUUUGGGCGGCCAGCCCCUGCCGGGCGGAGUGGGUGGGCCUCGAAACCAGGACCUGCAGCUUCCGAAGCGCAGACCGACCCCAGGGAAGCGGUACCAGUGCUCGGGGGACGGGUGCCGGCUGGCCUGCCGCAGCAUGAAGGAGCUGCUGGACCACAUGCGUGUCCACUACCGGCCCACGCAGUCCGUGGAGGGCAAGGCCUUCCGUUGCUCGGCCCACGGCUGCGCGGAAUCCUUCCCGGACAUGCAGGCCCUGAUGGGACACGUGAAGGCGCAUUACAAGCUGAACCGCUACUUCAAGUGCGAGAACUGCAUGUCGCGCUUCCAGACCUACCGGUCCCUCUUCAAGCACCUGCACAGCUGCACCGACUCAGCCACCAGCAGCCCCUCCCCGGCCCCGGCGGCGGAGAAGCCCGUCUCCGUGCCUCCCCCCGGCCUAGAGGGGGAUCCUGUGGGGACACCACCGGAGGAGCUCCCGAAGCUGCAGAGCAGCGUCCGGCAGAACGCCCUCCUCCCCGGCCCCAUGGAGGCCGCUCUGGCCGCUGACCCGCUGCCGGCCUCCCUGCGCGGCGCCCUGGAGUCCGUGCCAGCGCUGGCCCACUCAUUCCCGCUCCUGGAGCAGCCCCUCUUUGGACCGCCCUCCCUGGCAAGGUUCUCCGGGCCACCUCCGCCCCCGGUGGCUGGGCCCUUCCUGCCCUUCGUGCACUCCACGACCUACGGGCUACCUCAGGCCGCAGUCCAGAGCCGCCUCCGGCCGCUUCUGCCCGCCCCAGGCCUCCCCGUCUCCAACGCCGUGUGGAAGAAGAGCCAAGGGCACUCCUCCAACAGCCGCAUCGUGUGGGAGCACACCCGGGGCCGCUACACCUGCAUGCAGUGCCCGUACUCCACGGCCUCGCGGGAGGAGAUGACCCAGCACAUCGACGACCACCGCAAGAACCCGUCCCCACCCGGCCGCCUGGAGGCUGACGCGGAGCCCAGCACUGUGCUUCCCUCGCUGCCCCCGAAGCUGCCGCCCGAGGUGGAGGGCUCCCUCUUUCCCGCGCUGUGAGGUGCCCGGGGCUCCGACCAAGAUCCCUCGAUUACGCCCCCACCCCUGCCGAAGGUGAGGAGAGGCUGCUUCCAAAAAUCAGCGCGUGACCCCCUCGCACCCGCAAUCUCACAAAUGCGUGCUGACAAGCAGAUGCCACGGGGCGGGGGGGGCGGGGGGGCUUGAAACUUAUGGAUAAUUUAAAAUCGGAAUCAUCUUCCUUCGCCCUCCCUCCUCUUAAACUCUUGUGUGAGGCAAAAGCUCUCCGGUCUGCACAGCUGUUGAUCAGGUUUGCCCACGUUUGCGAGUGGGCGAGUGCUGCUUUUUUUGGGGGGGGAACCACACAAAUAAAUAGGAAUUGUUCAGAAAAGA